AUGAAGUUCACCACAUCUGCGGCUUUUCUCGCUUGCGCAGCGUCCCAAGCGCAUGCAUUUUCCGACUCAUCCCCGUUCAUUUUCCUCUCCACAGCGAAACUCUCCUCCCCACCGCAAGCCGCUCAACUCCAAACCGCCUCACAAGUCCUUACCACCGUCCAGUCCUUACUGGCAUCAUGCCCGACCAAGCGUUACCUUCUCGUUUCUCAGCCCAACAUGCACGCUGCCGACGUGCGUAGUGACGACAACAACAACGCAUGCCGCAUGCCCAACCUGUGCCGCGCGGCCGAGGAGCAGAACACCUGGGCUGUCGCCGAGGUCAUUGGGCAGAUCACGGACGCGCCUCUGCGCGAGCAGAUUGAAAAGAGCUGCGGAGGGGACGUAUUGGUGGAAAAGGUCGAGUUGCGGCAUUUGCCUGCUGCGUCGGAUCUGGAGGGGGCCGAGAAGGAGAGGGGCGUGGCGUUGAGUGAUAACGAUUACGACCUCGGUCAGCUUCUCGACGUGCUCGACGACGAUGAUUACACCAUCCUUGUCUUCUCGGACCCGAACGAGUUCAAGGCGUACGAGCCCAAGUUCGGCGCGCCGGUGCACAUGGACCUGAAGCGCCGGUCGAGUGAUGCGCCGCGGGCGGCUCGGAGACAGGCAGACGACGCGAGGGACAACCGUCCGCUAUUUGAGAAGUACCAGUUCUUCACACCUGGUAUCUUUAUGUCCUUCAUUGUAGUCGGCAUCAUCCUCUCUAUCUUGGGCGUUGGACUUAAGGCCCUUGCGAGUCUUGAGGUGUCGUACGGCGCAUUUGACAAGGACAUGGGCCCGGCCGCCCAGAAGAAGCAAUUGUAG